UUAUUCUCCCGGGCGCAUAUCGAUCGCCCGCAAUAAUGCACCUUGCGUCUCGGUCCAUUCCCUGAAAACAGAUCCACAACAUGGCGGAUGAGCUCAAUCUCGACGCGGGGGACAUGUUCCAGGAUCCGGAGGGCUUCUACGAGCCUGAACCGGAGCCCACCUUUGCGGAGCAUCACAUGCUGUCUGGACAGACGGUGCGCGUCCGCUUGGUGGGCAGCCAUCCUCUCUACGGCAAUCUCCUCUGGAACGCCGGCCGCACCAGUUCUCACUACAUCGAACAACACGCCGACACCCUCGUCAAGGGCAAGGAUGUCCUGGAGAUCGGCGCCGCCGCCGGCGUCCCUAGCAUCGUCAGCGCCAUCAAGGGCGCCCGCACCGCCGUCAUGACCGACUACCCGGACGUGGAUCUGGUCCAAAACAUGCGCCACAAUGCCGAAUUGUCCGCCUCACUCAUCGGGAGUGAUUCCGCGCUGCAUGUGGAAGGGUACAAAUGGGGGGCGUCCGUCGAGCCGCUGCUGGCGUAUCUGCCGGAGGGCGCAAGGGCCCAGGGCUUUGAUCUGCUCAUCAUGGCUGAUGUGGUGUACAGCCACCGCGAGCAUCCGAAUCUGAUCAAGACGAUGCGCGAGACGCUUAAGCGCUCCCCGGAGGCGGUCGCCCUCGUCAUCUUCACCCCGUACCAGCCGUGGCUGUUGCCCAAGACGGAGAAGUUCUUCCCGCUGGCCGAGGAGAAUGGGUUCCGGGUGAUGAAGAUCUUCGAGAAGGUGAUGGAUGAUGUCUUGUUUGAAAAUGAUCCGGGGGAUGAGCGGUUGAGAAAGACGGUGUUUGGAUAUGAGAUCCGGUGGGCGGCGGAGGAAUUGAAUUAGACGGCUCACAUGUGAAAUGUGCUGCAUGAUGAAGGAGACGAAUUGAGUUGCAUGAUGGUGUGAAAGGCGGGUACAUACAAAAGUUUUGCAUAGACGGUAUACCAGGUCCAACGGACCAUAUGCCUUUUAGAUGGAGAAUAC